UUGGCGACAGCCCAUCCGAAAUCAACAAUCGUUUAAUUUGACAGAUAAAACAUAUUAAAAAGAUGUAUACUACUAUAAUGAAUCCGGGAACACCAAGCACGAUUGCUAUUCCUGGGGGUAUUUUCCCCGGCCAGAUUAUAAGAUUCAAAGGUAGCACUCCUCUUGCAGCAAGGAGGUUCGGGAUAGACUUCCAGUACAACAAAAACAUCGCUUUUCAUUUCAAUCCUCGUUUCACGGAUGGCCAUAUUGUACGCAACCAUUACAUCUCUGGGUUGUGGGGCAAUGAGGAGACCUCCGGAGGCUUACCAUUGACACGUGGAUCCUCAUUCGAAAUCGUUUUCGUCUGUCAUUAUGAUCGUUUUAAGGUGAUGCUGAACGGAGAACAUUUCACCGACUUCAUGCACCGUGUUCCGUUCCAUAGGAUCACCCAUAUCGAUGUGAGUCAUGACGUCAUCAUAGAUGAAAUUGACUUCGAAGGAACUCCACCACCAAAGGACUACCUUUCGAACGAUGCUGAGGGAGUCUGCGGUCCUUACUGAACAAAGCAGAGAUGGCCAGGAAAACUAAUAUAUUUUUAUUUUGAUUUGUUUCUUAUUUUUAAUAGUAAAUAAUCAAUGUUGUCUCUAUUUUCUGACACCUCAUGGGGUCAGUAGAAUACCAGCUCUGUACCUAGUACUAUUUUGAAAAUGGUUAACUCAAUCGCAAGUCACAUUUUAAAAACUCAAAUCGGAAACUACAACAAAAAGUCAUAAUGUCAUAAAACCCAGAAUGUCAAAAUAACCACUUGACAUAAUUCUACUCCCUUCCGUCCUCACCUGGUGGCGCUGGUGUCGAAAUCGCUUAUUUUCAGAAACUGCGGGUUCCGAAGUGACAUUGCAAAAUAAAUUUCAGAAUAGUACGGCGUGGCCCAGGCUGACACAUUCAUUCAUUUUUAGUUUUAUAUGAUGUUAUAAACAAUCUUUAAAUUUUCAUUAUUGUAUCCAUUUCUGUAAAUAUACUUUAUUCUUCUGAAAAUAAAGUUGAUUAUUUAUUACA